GCUACCGGGCUACCAAAUUUGACGUGGCCCAGAUCUCUAUGCUUUCAAUUGACGUCUGAAUACCAGUAAUUUCGGACAGAUAAUGCUAUCUCGCUGGGCGGAUCUUGUUCUUCGUCAUAGUGCUGAGCCACGCCGGCGAACGCUUGAGAAUCAAUGGAAGAAGCCUUGGUUGCACGACAUAAGGCGAAGAGAGAGGGAGGCGAAGAAAGACUCGAUGUAUGGCCUACCUACUGGUUUAGAAUCUGCGCCUCCUUUCUCCUUCAGGCCAUCUGGGGGUCCACGAUCUGCUCUCCCUCCACGCUACAGGGUACGUGAGGAACCAACAUGUACUUCUCGUCCAUCAUUUGAACUAUUCUCCAAGGAUCUAGAAUCUGCUCCUCGUUCAUCAUUCAGGGUUCCUGGGCGUCUACUAUCUGCUCCCCUACCCUUCAGCAUCCACUCUCCAAGUAAUCACUUGCCGUUGAAGCCAUCCAUCGCUGAGUUGCACCAUCGAGAGUCAGACAUAUCACCACUCAGGUACCCAACGCAUGAACUCAAGAGGCCUUACAAUGUGCUGGGAAAAGUCGCCCUUCUUGAGAAAAUCAUCAACUAUCACUUUGAUGCGGCUCACGUGCUGUUGGCCAUCGAGGCCCUCGAGACAACCACAAUUCCAUAUCGCUACACCAACAGCAAGAGGGAAAUGCGCACCAACCAGGUGCUGGCCAUCUACGGCGAUGUUGUUUCUGCGGCCCAGCUUUGCGAGUUUUGGAUCAAUAAUAGACCGGCACAUGGACUGGUCCCGGGAAACUGGUCCACUCUACAAAUGCAACUCCUCGGAAAUCAAAACUUGGCACGCGUCGGUAAAAACGCAGGACUCGGUACUUGCAUGAUUAAUGGGCCGAUUGGCAACAAGGAGGUUGUGUCCAAGAAGACCAAGAUGAUUAGGAUGGCUACGACAGUUGAGGCAAUCCUAGGGGCCGUCCACAAAGCCGGCGGUCCGCGCGCCCUCCGCGCCGUUAUGGAGCGCCUGGGCCUCCUCAGCCACCAUUUGCUGGGCACGAGGAACGGCGAUGAUGAGGAACCGGUCGAUGAAAUUGGGAUGAGGUGCGUGAGCGGCGGGAAACCAACUCCAAAAAUGGAUCCAAACCGCUUACCCUCAAAGUUGAAAACAACGAUUGAGGUUAUGCCUCCCACAAAUGACCCGCGAACCCCUAGCAUUUCCCACCCGAAAAGUGACUGUGAAGGAGCAGCUCUCCUGCAGAGACGACUAGCUCGGGAGGAGAUCGAGAAGCAAGUGUCUCUUGCCUGAAAGGAGGCUUCCUGUCAAAUUAAGUGUGCGGACUUUUGCCUGGCAUGGGGAAGGGUUGCUUCCCAUGCCGAUCUGGCAUGAACCUGUAGAUUUAUGGCGUGUAAGCUUAUUUCUCUUGCCCAGUGGUUGAGCGGUUCAUCGUCUGUCGUUCCAUGCUUCUUUUGAUAUCUGAGGGCAUCAGACGUCGUGUACGCUCCGAUCGAGCUACUGUCAAUGAAAGCGGGCAUACAUCAUACCAAUGUCGGGAGAUUGUGGUGGAGUUGGGCGAGAAUACAUAUGAUUACCAUAGCACGCGAAAUUGGAGGCAAGUAGAAAUCUAUGCCUAAGCCUGAAUCCGUCACUGAAUAUCAGACAGAUGAUUUUGCUUG